AUGGCUGCUGCCGCUGCUGCCGCUACUGCAGUAGGAGGAGGAGGGGGAGGAGGAGGGUUAAUGAUUAAAGCGGGAUUGAGUAGGAGAAGGAAUUCGGGUUUGUUUAAGGAAUUUACAUUUCCUGUCCAUUUUAAUGCCAAAAGGGUUGUCAAUUUUCUUCCUCCUGGAGCACUCCAUAAUUCCCAAACAAGGUGGUCCUCUUUAUCAUCUCGGGGUUAUUCAGUCAAGAAGAAGAAGCCCUUCAUCAACAGAACUAACUGUUUUCUCUCUUCUUCUUCUGGGACUGACAAAGGAGGACUCAAUUCAGAUUUUCAGCCGCUUCAUCAGUCUCAAGAUGUUGAUGAUGGGAAUAGGAAGGAGGAGAGCAUAUCUAAUGGACACCAUACGACUGAUAAGAUUGAAAAUGAGUUGGAAAAGAUUCCUCCACCAUAUUCAUCUGAACUCCAGGACAUUAGGCGUGAACUUAUAACACUUUCGGUGCCUGCGCUUCUCGGGCAGGUGAUUGACCCUUUGGCACUACUUAUGGAGACUUCUUAUAUUGGCCGAUUGGGUUCGCUGGAGUUGGCUUCAACUGGCGUCUCCAUGACACUCUUUAACAAUAUCUCGAAGUUAUUCAAUAUUCCUCUCCUUGGUGUUGCCACUUCUUUUGUGGCUGAAGAUAUUGCAAAGAGUACGGGGCACGUUUCCGUGACUGGAAGCACCCAUGGUUCUAUAGUUGAUGGUCUGGGGGAAAGGCCGCAGUUAUCUUCUGUUUCUACGGCUUUGACAUUAGCUAUUGCCAUUGGCAUAUUUGAAGCCUUAGCAUUGCAUUUGGGAUCUGGAUUCCUUCUAAAUGCUAUGGGCGUACCAUCGGCUUCUCCCAUGCAUACUACAGCGAGACAGUUUCUUUGUCUGAGAGCAUUUGGUGCUCCUGCUUUUGUUGUUUCUUUAGCUCUUCAAGGCAUUUUACGAGGCUUCAAGGAUACAAAAACGCCAUUAUAUUGUUUAGGCUUUGGUAAUUUUACAGCAAUAAUUUUGUUUCCGUUGCUUAUGAAUUAUUGCCGAUUGGGGGUAGCUGGAGCAGCAAUCUCAACGGUUAUAUCUCAGUAUCUAGUGGCCUUUUCAAUGAUUUAUUGCCUGAGUAAGAGAACUGUCCUACUGCCACCUAAAUUUGGAGAAUUGCAGUUUGGUUGCUAUCUUAAAUCUGGUGGUUUCCUUAUUGGGAGAACUCUUGCUGUCCUUACAACCAUGACACUGGCUGCUUCAAUGGCUGCCCGUCAAGGUCCUGUGGCUAUGGCUGCUCAUCAAAUAUGCUUCCAAGUAUGGUUGGCAGUAUCCCUUAUUGCAGAUGCGCUAGCAGCAUCUUCUCAGGCCUUGAUUGCCAGUUAUUAUUCAAAAGGCAAGUACACAACUGUAAAGGAAGUUACACAAUUUGUACUGAAGAUUGGAAUAUUCGCUGGAGUUUCUUUAGCUGUUGUUUUGAGUCUCUCAUUCAACUCUUUAUCAACUUUCUUCACAAAAGAUGCCGAAGUGCUGAAAAUUGUUGCGACGGGUGUACUUUUUGUCAGUGCCAGUCAGCCUAUAAAUGCAUUGGCUUUUAUUUUUGAUGGCCUCCAUUAUGGUGUUUCGGACUUCCCUUAUGCUGCAUGCUCUAUGAUGCUGGUUGGGGCCAUCUCGUCUGUGGUCUUGUUAUAUGCUCCUUCAAGAUAUGGUCUUCCUGGUGUUUGGUCAGGCUUAACUCUUUUCAUGGCAUUGCGCAUGGUGGCUGGAUUUUUCAGAAUAAUGUCAAGGGAGAGUCCGUGGUGGUUCCUGCAUGGUGGUGACUAUAACAGGGCCAAGCUUGCUGGCUCAGGGAUUUAG